GGGUCCUGCAGCGGCGAGCGCAUCUUGCAGAUGCAAGAUCGCAGAAUAUAAGCAACAUUACUAUUACAUGCGGCAAUGGAUAAAGACUCAAAGGCUAGAUGAGAGAACGAAAUAGUUAUGAAAUCCAAGAGUCCCAGCCUGAACUACUCGGCAUACAACACAUGUUUGUCCGUGCCGUCUAUCCAAGCACGCAGUUGCUGGUCGUUGCCCAGCUCGACCAGCUCGUUGCUCAAGCUUUGUCGGUAUUUGAGCUGGGCAACCUCGCCGCCCAACCGAUGCUGGACCUUGUCCAUGAGCUCCAUAUGCGUGACGCGUGGAUGCACUCGAAUAGCAAUGAGAUCGUCCGCCACGCGGUCGAAUAUUUUGAUCUUCACAAAUGCGGUUUGGGGAUUAGCGGCUGAUAUCGACGGCGAAUUCGCGUUGGCAACGGAGCCUGACCGGGAGCGUGAUGACAUGGAAUUAGAGUGUAGAGAUGAAGAAGAUGGAGACGUCGGCAUCACUGGCCGGUUGUUGUUCGAUGCUUCGGCCCAUCGAGUCGGAGGUGGUGAUAUAGAGUCCGAUCGCCCGUAAGGCUGGUUCUGAGAUGAGUUCGAGCCUGUUCGCCGGUGAUUGUUGGUCAUCGCCUGAACUCGCAGACUGCUGUCGGGGGUCCGCCUGCCGCUCAGUUGACCGUACGGGUUCUGUCCGAAGUUGUCGUCCUCGUAAUCCGAGCCAUCACUGUGCACAGUCUGCCUUUCAUCCACCCGCAGUCUUCCCAAAGAGUCCUGCAACUCAUCGUCGCCGUCUUCCCCAGCAGCUAAGAUUGCUUCGAGUUCGUCAACUCGGGGCGGCAACGCAGUCUCCAUGUCUCCGGGCUUGAUGGCGAGGAACUCUCGCACAAUGGAAUGCUCUAGAACGUAC